AUGACAGGUGAAGGCAGAUGCCAUAGGGGGCGGAGAUCCGUGGCCGGCGGCGGGGGCGCCGCGGAAUCGGAGAAAAUCGACGGUAGACACGAUAUCCCCAAUUUGGACCUGGAAUUUACCGAAAAGCCCUCGGGUUCUUCAGAAAUGACGAAACUGUCCCCCACGUCCACAGUUGAGCUUGACUUGUACACACAAGCUCGUAAGGCGCUCUCCCUUCGUUCUCCAUUUGAUUCCGAAGACUCGCAGGCUUCUCCCGCUACGGUAUCCGCUGUGAGUUCUCUGCCGAGUGGGGUGUCUCAUUUGCUGGGCGGGCAUGCGGAUGGUCGGAAGCGUCACAAGAGGUUGCAUUCGGGCUCGGAGAAGAAGUCUUCGGCUCCGGGGAAGGCUCGUGGGAGCAACAUUUGGGUUGAAACUGAGGAGUAUUUUCGGGAACUGACCCUCGAGGAUGUUGAGAGGCUGGAUGGGUUUACGAGUUCUGGGUUUUCCAGCGACGACAAGUGUUUCUCAGUUCCUUAUCCUGUCCGUAAUGAUAAUUUGCGUGUUCACUAUGACUCAUUUAAUAGGAUGGUCCCAAAUGCAUCAGACGAGAAUAGGGUGGUAUCAGACGAGAAUAGGGUGGACUUGAAAAAAUGUGCUGAGUCGAAAAGUAAUGGGGAUCUCGAGAUUGAUGUAAGGACGGCACAAGAAAAGAAUGGGGUUGCUUCUGUUGAUGUUAAUGUAGAUGAGGCAGCCUCAAAAAAGUUUCUGAUGAAAGAAGAAAGUAAUGGACGUAAGAGACUGAAAUGUGAGAAUGAUUCAACUUCGUUUAGUGGUGUAGAGUGGCUUUUAGGAUCUAGAAGUAAAAUAUAUUUGGCAUCAGAAAGACCCUCCAAGAAGCGGAAGCUUUUGGGGAAGGAUGCAGGGUUGGAGAAGCUCCUUGUGGCUCGCCCUGUUGAUGGUUUAGAGUCAGUCUGUCACUAUUGUAGUUAUGGGCACACGGGCGACCCCUUAAAUUUGCUGAUUGAGUGUUGUUCAUGUGGGAUGACAAUCCAUCAGAGGUGCUAUGGAGUUCAAGAUGAUGUGGAUACUUCCUGGUCGUGUUCCUGGUGUAAAUGGAAAAAUGUUGUGGAAUUGAGUAAAGCAAUGCCAUGUAUCCUAUGCCCAAAGCAAGGUGGUGCACUGAAGCCUGUGCAGAAACGGGGAUUUGGGAGUGACUAUGAGGGGUCAAAGGUAGAGUUUGCCCAUUUGUUUUGUUGCCAGUGGAUACCUGAGGUUUAUUUGGAAAACACAAGGGUUAUGGAACCAAUCAUGAAUAUGGAUGAAUUGAAGGACACAAGACGAAAGUUGCUAUGUUAUCUGUGCAAGGUUAAACAUGGUGCCUGUGUCAGGUGCAGUAAUGGAUCUUGUAGAUUGUCAUUCCAUCCUAUUUGUGCAAGGGAGGCAAGACUUAGAAUGGAGAUUUGGGGAAAACUUGGAUCAGAUGAGGUUGAACUGCGUGCUUUUUGCACAAAACAUACAGAAGUUUAUAGUGAUAACGGCUCUCAAGAUGCUUCUGAUAUUUCCUUAGCAGCUGAUCUGGAUGUUAGGAAGCUUAAUGAUAUAGUAUUGGAUGGUGAGGACUUUAUCAACAACAGAAGAAAUCCGUACUCUCAUCCAGAAUAUGGAGAUGCAAUGCAUCCGGCUGAUGGGAAUGAUAAUGAAGAUGUUAAUGCUUGCAGUGUUCUCAGUCUCUCUAUGAUACUGAAGAAGUUGAUUGAUCUAGGGAAAGUCAGUUCCGAAGGUGUUGCCUCAGAGAUUGGUGUUUCACUGGAUUCAUUGGACAAGAUACUAACUGAUAAUCACAUGGUACCAGAGUUACAAUGUAAGCUACUUAGGUGGCUGAAAAACCCUGCUCAAAUUGCCAAUUUACAGAGAACAGUGAAAGUGAAGGUUAGAUCACAUGGAGCUUCCAAAGACGUGGCUGAUGUAGCUGAAGACGGUGAUGCUGUUCUAGUAGACGAGUCCAAUGUUUCUGAUUCUGUUCCAGUCAAAUCUGUUCCACCUCGCAGAAGAACCAAAAGCAUUAUAGGAACUGUGAACGAUGAAAAGUCGUGCUCCUCCAACUCCAAGGACAACAAUAAUGAUGAAACAAAUGAGGGUGGUGUUGAUUCAUGUGCUGUCAGAGAAGAUAUAAAUGAUCCAUCUAACAGGUCUUUGCCUAAUGGUACCAAGAAGAUUUUGAUUGACUACCAGCAGCACCAGGAUGAUUCAGUGGACAAUUCUAUCAAAAUUGAAGACGAGCUGAGAGCUCUAAAGCAGUUUCUAUCUGAAGAUGGUGGCAGUGAUGAAUCUGGACUAUCUCAACAGCUGACGUCGUGUCCACCCGUCUUGAUAAAUGAGGACGCUAAUCGGGCUUCAUACAUACAUCCAUUUAUUUACAGUAAAUUGAUGCUUGAGAAAAAUGCAGCUUGUCAGACCGCAGUUCUAAGAGAGCGGGAAGCUUCCCAGUUGGGAGCAUCUUCUAGUGCUGGCCUCUGUUGUGACAACGGUAACUUGCAAAGGACUUCUAGUGACCGGACCUCUAAAUGCAGUGGUGGAGUGAAUAUCAAUCAAUUGUUUGAUGCAAGAAAUAUGGAAAUACUCAAACUAUCUCCUGCAGAUGAAGUGGAAGGACAACUUCUAUAUUAUGAACAUCGACUCAUUUCCAAUGCUGUUUUGAGGAAACACAUAAGUGAUGAUUUGAUCUCGAGGGUCGUUAGGAGCCUCCCGCAGGAGAUGGAUGCUUCUGGAAAACGAAAAUGGGAUGCUGUACUUGUUAACCAGUAUCAUCGUGAACUUAAGGAAGCUAGAAAGCAAGGCAGAAAAGAGCGCCGGCAUAAGGAAGCUCAAGCUGUGUUGGCUGCUGCUACUGCUGCUGCAGCAGCUUCCUCUAGGUUGUCAUCGAUUAGGAAAGAUACCCCAGAAGAUUCUUUACAGCAGGAGGAUACUGUGAAGAUGAAUGUAUCUAAUGUGAGGAAUGGGUUGCAGUCUCAGCUGAAUCCUCGAGUGAAAGAGACUGUUACUAGGCUGGGUAUUGCAAGGUCUUCACUUGACAAGAAUACCGAUUCAGGCCAAUUAGCUUCAGACAAUCCAAAAGAUCGUCUUCGGACAUGUGACAUAUGCAGACGGUCUGAGACAGUUCUGAAUCCAGUUUUAGUCUGUUCAAGUUGCAAGAUUGCUGUUCACUUGGACUGUUACCGUAGUGUUAAAAGCACCACAGGGCCCUGGCAUUGUGAAUUUUGUGAUGACCAACUUUCUUCUCGAUGUUCUGGAGCACUGGAUGCAAAUUCUCGGGAGAAGCCUUACUCUGUUGCAGAAUGUCGUUUGUGUGGGGGCACAACAGGGGCUUUUAGGAAGUCAGUGAAUGGUCAAUGGGUGCACGCUUUAUGUGCUGAAUGGGUGUUAGAAUCAACAUAUAAAAGGGGGCAAGUAAAUCCUGUUGCAGGAUUGGAUACUGUCUCCAAAGGAGCUGAUGUUUGCAAUGUGUGCUGUCUCAAACAUGGUGUUUGCCUCAAGUGUAGCUAUGGUCAUUGUCAGACAACAUUUCACCCUACUUGUGCUAGAAAUGCCGGUUUCUUCAUGACUGUUAGGACCAAUGGUGGCAAGUUGCAACAUAAGGCUUACUGUGAAAAGCAUAGCACAGAUCAAAGGGCAAAGGCCGAUGCUCAGAAGCAUGGGAUUGAGGAGUUCAAGUCUCUUAAGCAAGUCAGGGUUGAACUGGAGAGACUGCGUCUUCUAUGUGAAAGGAUUAUCAAAAGGGAGAAAUUAAAACGUGAGUUAGUCAUUUGCUCGCACGACAUCCUUGCUUCAAACCGAGACUCUGUUAUUUCUGCUUUGGCCCGUCACCCAUUUUACCAGCCUGAAGUCAGUUCCGGAUCGGCCACAACCUCUAUCAAAGGUCAUACUGAUGGCUGUAAAUCGGGUAGUGCGUUGGUGCAACGUUCGGAUGAUGGGACAGUUGAUAGCAAAGUUGCCGGUAAAAGACGCAUUAAAAUUCAUUUGUCAGUAGACAACAACGAUCAGAAAACGGACGAUAGCUCCACAUCCCAAAACCUUUACAUGCUAAAACCCGUGGAGAGAAAAUCGUUUUCUGGGAAGCAAAUCCCCAAACGACUUUCGGCCGCAUCACGGAACCCUUCAGACAAUGCUGAUAAACGAAAAAAACAAAGAAAACACGUGGAAACCUUCGAAAAGGAGCUUUCAAUGACGUCCGAUCAAGCAUCCAUGAAAAAUCAACGGCUUCCAAAGGGAUUCGUUUAUGUCCCGAUCAGGUGCCUAUCCAAGGACAAGGACAAUAAUGGUCAAGAUUCCCGAGAACAAGUCGAACAGUAA